AUCUAUUCCUUUCCGGCGCUACCCAAUCAUCUCCUGUCCUUCUCUGACGUGAUACCAGUCGAAAUAAUUAGGAAGUUGUGCUUUCGGCUACAACGCCCUGCAUAACCUCAAAUUGCUAUAUUUUAGCCCAGACUUUGAUCCCUCAGUAGACAUCACCAAGUUAACAAAAUUAUGGCUUUUCUGAACAAUAAAAACAGAAAUGCCGAAUACCUAGAUAGCAUUAGGGAAGAGAUAAAGCAAAAUAAGGCUUACCUAAAGAUGGAAAGAACAAAAGUUAGUCAAACGUUAAAAGAUUUAGUGGAACACUGUGAAGAACACUGUCAAUCUGACUUGCUUUUGAAUCCGGUUAGAGAUAAUCCGUUCAGACCCAAGAAAAGUUUCUGUCAAAUUCUAUAAAACUUUCAUGUGUUGGUUACAGCUUUUAUUAUUUGAAGAAUUAGUAAACUUAAUAUUUUUAUUUCAAUUUUGAAUCUUUUUAGUUUUAACAAUACAGCUUAGACUUUAGUUUUUACACGUGUCUUUUGAUAAUGUUAACCUAAAUUUCCAAAACAUUUUGUUGUAAUUUUUUUUUAAGGUGAGUUUUUCAUUUUUUUUUCUAGCUUGCUUUUUGCUUUUCUUUUCAUGGCUUUUGUUUUCUUAUAAUUGUUCACAAUUAAUGGCCUCUUUAUUCAACCAUUAUUACCUUAAUUUGAUAGUUUUUUUAUUAUAGGCUUAACGGUUCCCACAAGAUAUGUUGCAUUUUUUAGCACAAUGCAUAUAUAUAUAUAUUUAUUUUGUAUUAGGCUAAAUAUAUGAAGAAUUGAUAAUUGCUAAAAAAACUAGGAUGCUUUAUUUAAAGUGCGAGUGGCUUAAGCACAUCGCUUGUGAAAUUUAACUAAAUACAUAGUUCUUUUGAAAUCUAUUUUUAAAUGAAUGAAGAAAAUAUAUAGAAUGGACUAUGCCUAUAAAUAUUAUAUAUAAUUUUUAUUCUAAUUUUCUUCUCUUUUUACUUUUAAUAGGUGACCUACUAUCAAAAUUUUAUCGUCACAGUUAUUAACAGGUCAGAUUGAACUAUUUCGUCGACAGACAGUGAUUUAUUGUCCAUCGCCAUGUCGAAUGUACAACAACAGAAAAAGAUGGUAGAACAACUUCGACUAGAAUGCUCCAUGGAGCGAAAGGCCGUUUCACAGUGCGUGAAAGAUAUGAUCGCAUUUAUGGAAGAAAAUAACUCUAAGGAUUAUCUGGUCAUUGGGUUUGCAAAUAAGAAAGAUAAUCCCUAUCAGGAGAAGAGUGGAUGUAGUAUUCUAUGAAUUUGAACACAUAAGCAAAGUGUCUCUUGUCUAGGUGUUGUGAAAAUUUUCUGCCAGUUUCACACUUUUAUGUCUUUUGCCGCAUUUUAAUCAAGCUUCGUAAUAUUUAUGUGUAAAGGGGGCAUUUAUCGAAACCAUUAAUCAAUAGGCCUUUAAAAAGAGGAGUUUAUACUUUCUCAGUAAAUUUUCAACGUAAAAAUAAAAUAGUAAAAAUUUUAGGAGAAAUGUCUUCUUUUUUUAUAAAGCAUCACCAGAAAAAAAUAGGCGUAUCUCUUUAAAAGUACUUCUAUAUAACGAUUUCGGUACAUUUUUGCACUUUUAAGGCUAACAAACGAUUAAUGAUCUGCUUUCGAUUUCUGGAUGAAAUUGGAUACAAAAAGGAUUUCCUUUACAAUUGUCAAUUAAUUAGGUUAGAUCAACACCUUAAUAAUAUUCUAGAUUAUAUAAAGCGACAUGAUCUAAUUUCAAAAUCAUCGAUUACUUUAUUGAAAAGCUGUUAAAAUUAAAAUCAUGUGAAAAUUCCAUAGCUAACACAUAUUUUCAAAAUUUUUAAAUAUUAUAAACAAAGGUCGAAUGAAUCACAUGGAAAAUAUGAUUCAGAAACCUUUCGUCUCUAUUAAUUGAUCCUGAUAUUGUUUUAUUUUUGGUAGAUUAGCGCAUUCGAAUGAAUAAACGAAAGGCGAACUUUUAUAGUAACGUUUAGAGUAUUUGAAAUUGCACCAUAUGACCUUCGGGUACUUGUGCCUAGAUGUACUGCAAUGUUAUUGCGGUGCUUGACGCUAUACCGAGGGUUAUUGAAAUUAGAUACAUCUAGGGAUGUGAUUAAGCAGGCUGUAAUCCACUGACAAGAUUAAGUUGGUUAGAAAUAUGAGGAAUUCUGUGCCAGACUAUACUUGUUGAUAUUUAUUUUAUUCUUGAGUAAAAAAUUUUAGAAACUGGUAGUUUUCAGUUUUUGUGUGUUUUUAUCGUCUAAAUGCCUUUAAACGUCGACAAAUGGACAGUUUUUAGCCUUUUAGAGCAAGAAUUUCUUGAAAGAAUAAAGUUAGCCUGUGUAUUUGGAAGCUCUGGUAAUGAAGCACUUAUUCUCACUGAUGACGAUCAAGUAUUUGCGAUUGGAAGCAACUGUUCUGGAUGUUUAGGAGUUGGGGAUACUGUAUCUGGCUUGGAACCUCGAAGGGUGGACGUUCUUUGUGGAAAGAAAGUAAAAAAAAUUGCCUAUGGAUCGGGUCCUCAUGUUCUAGCUGUAACAGGUGAGGGGGAAUUGUAUGUGUUUGGUCAUAAUGGUUAUUGUCAACUUGGUAAUGGAUCAACAACCACUCUGCAGACACCGACACUUUUAGCAGCUGGAUUUGCGGGCAAAAAAAUUAUAGAAGUAGCUGCUGGCAGUCAUCAUUCUCUUGCUCUUACGUCAGAAGGUGAAAUAUAUGCUUGGGGUCAAAAUAAUUGCGGUCAAGUGGGCAAUGGAUCAACAAAUAAUCAGUCAUGCCCACGUAAAGUUACUGCUGGAUUGGGUCAGAGAGUAGUCAUUUCCGUUGCUUGUGGUCAAACCUCUUCAACAGCUCUAACUGAUAAUGGAGAAAUUUUUUCUUUUGGUUAUAAUGGAAAUGGUCAACUAGGUCUAGGGAAUAACGUAAAUCAAGCAAAUCCUUGCAAAGUUGGUGGGCUGCUUACUGGGAUUCAUAUACAACAAAUAGUUUGUGGGUAUGCUCAUACUUUGGCUUUGUCAGAUACUGGUAACCUCUAUGCAUUUGGAGCGAAUAGUUAUGGUCAAUUAGGAACUGGAAAUAAAGCUAAUGCUGUCUCACCACAGCAAGUGGGUCUCGACAAAGGUCGCUGGACAGCCAUUGCUGCAACUCAUUACAACCAUGUGUCGGUUGGUAGUAUACAAACAGGGAAAAUUAUGAUGUGGGGUCAAUGCAGAGGUCAAUCUGUUGUUAAACCAGUCGAAACUCGAUUUGGAACUGUCCAUGAUGCGUUUGCCUGCUUUGCAUCUCCUGCAGUUACAUAUAAACCUUUAGAAGUAGAUGAACAUCACGAAUUCAGUAUGCAAAAAAUAUUUGCUGCUGCAUUUGACGAUCCUUUAACGUCUGAUUUGAAGUUUAUAGUUGAUAAGAAACCUAUACAUGUUCACAAGGCAAUUCUAAGAAUAAGAUGCGAACACUUCCGAUCAAUGUUUAGCUCAACCUGGAAGGAAAAUAAAUCAGACUCAAUUACAAUUGAUCAUUACUCUUAUGUUGUCUACUAUGCUUUUUUGAAUUUUUUAUACACUGAUAAGUUAAGCAUUCCGGCAGAAGAUGCUUUGGGUCUUUUGGAUUUAGCUGAUGCUUAUUGCGAAAAACCUUUGAAACAUGAAUGUGAACAAUUACUGAAAUCAUCUAUAAACGUUGAAUUUGCGGCGUUGUUAUAUGCAGCCUCCGUAAAGUAUAAUGCUAUAAACUUGCAAGAAUUUUGUUUCAAAUUUAUUCUAAAUCACUCAACGGAAGUAUUCCAAUCUCAAGACUUGGCUAUGCUCGAGGGCGGCGUAUUGAAGGACCUUAUCAGAAAGUUAGCCGAUCAUAAUGCAUUUAAAAACUAGUAUUCAUCAUUUCUUAUUCAUUAUGUAAUUAAUAAAUAGUUUGUGAAAAAAAAUCCAUUUAAUGGCUUUUUUUUUCCUCUUUUCAAUCUAUCAACACUUUUAAAUAUCUUUUUGUUUUUAAACUUUAACUAAUGUUUCUUUUUAAUCAUUGUAUUUUUGUUUCUACUAAAACGAGCAUACUAAAGCAAUUUGUAAACAUAAUACUGACAAUAUCUUUCUUCAGAUAUCCUACCUUCCAAUGAUAUUAAUUUUUGGUAGCAAACUCCUUCAAAUUUCGUGAAGUUAUACUUUACUUGAAAUGUCUGAUUUAAGGAUAAUUUAAUAUAUACCUAUGAGACUGUAUUUGAUAUCAAAUGUUUAUUUUUUUUAAAUAAAUUGGUAUUCCUU